GCGGCGCCGCUCGGGGCGGUCCGUGCAGGAGGAAGCGCAGCCGGGGCAGAGCGGCCCCGCAGCGGCCGGAGCCGCGCGCUCGCGGGGUCUCUGUCCCGCAGGGGGUGGGCAAUGCCAGACAGGCCACGUGUGCUGACAAGGGGCAGUGAGAUGGAUCGUGGGAUCACCGUGGAAAACCCCUACGCCAGCGUCAACAUCCCACGGGAGCAGUUCCAGCAGAGCUUCAUCACGCGCUACCUGAGGGAUGAGCCCACCGUCAUCGCCAACCCCGCGGCCGUGCCCACCCACGGCAUGGAGGAGCAGACAGACCUCGCUAAUGGCUGGAACAGCCCGACCAUCGCCGUGGACAAGUCCUGGUCACGUCCCUACAACCCCUAUGCCAGCCUGAGGAUGCCCAAUGGGGAAUCAUCAGCCUCCUUCUACACCGUGACCCUGGACAAGCCACCCAAGGGCCCGGAGCGGGGGGCUGGCAGGCGAUGUGGCUUCUGCAGGUGCUGCUCCUGGUGCCCAAAGUGCUGCUGUGUCAUCUCCUAAGGGCCCUCCCUGCACCCACUGGACGUGCUGACCAUGGGAUGGGGCUGGGUGACCCCACAGGGACAUGGCUGCUGGCCUGGGCACCCCGGGAAGCUGCCCUGGCACCUGGCAGAGCUGGCAGCUGGCACUGGCUGGACUCUGACAUUGCUUUUCACCUGUGAACUCUGCAGCCAGAUGUGCUGGGGAUGGGCACCUGCCAGCUGGGCCGUGGGGCCCGGGAGCCCUGAGGAUGAUGUGUGCUGGGACAGAUGUCACCGAGAAGUGACUGCACUGGGGAUGGGGCAGUGCUGUGAGCCUGCAGUCCUGCACAGUGCCCCUGCCAGCCUCCCCAUGCUGGGAAACCUCCACCCUGGGAAGGCGUGGGCAGUGCCCAGCUGCCAGCAGGUGGGUUUGCAGUUUGGGGCACCUGCUGGCAGCCCUGUUCGUGGCAGAGGAGGACAUCGUUGUCACUGUCUUGGAGCAGUGGAGAGGAGCCAGGGACGAGCCUCCAGCUGGAACAGGGACCCACCUCCCCAGAAGUGAGUCGUCCCCCCUCCCACAGCACCACGGGGAUGCUGCUGGCACCCUGCACCAAGCUCCAUCUGGGUCCUGCCCCUCCUCACCACACUGCCCAUGGACAGAGGGACUGAGACAGGAAAGACAGACAGCCAAAGCAUGGCAGAACGCUGGGCCGUGCUCCAGGGCAGCACCUGAUGGCACAGCAUGGAUGUGGGCAUUCAUAUCCCAGUGCCAGGAAACCCCCAGCCCCAUUCUGUUCCUCCUGCCAGGCUUGUGGGGUGCUGGGCACAACCUCUCGCCCCAUCUGCACCCCAGAGCCGGGUCCAGUGCAGAGGGCUGGCCCAGCUCCAGCAGCGGGGCAGCACUGGGGCACCUUGCUGGGAAUGCAGAGCCCCCACAUUCGCCUUCUGCAACUCCCUGCGCUCGGAGGAGGGCGGGAGGAGCCUGCUCUGCUGGCUCUUCCCAGAGUGCUGGGGCACCUCCCGGCUGGGCUUUCGGCUGGGGCUGCUGCCAUCGACCUGGAACAAGCCCGCUGUUGUGCUGGUGUCCCGCCGUGGUGUUGACGUCCCUCCGUGUUGCUGGCAGCGCUCCCUGGUGCUGGCAGUCCUCCCCGGAGCUGGCGUCCCAGGGACAGCCGCUCUGCCAGGCGGCAGCUGCUCCAUGGCUGCUGCAGAGCUGCCUGCGGGAGCCGCGGCUGGGAGGAGUGCCUGUGUUUGCAGAUGACUUCAGGGUGCUGCAAAUAAAAUCACAGCCCUCUCCUGCCCUGCCAA